AUGCAUUUCGAUCUCAGGCAAUUGGGACUGGGUUCGCUCUGCGCUUCGCUACUCUCGUCCUUCUGCGGCGAUCAGGGCCCCAUUACCCAUCACCCAGCCCGGCCACCAUCAUACCCCCUGGCGGUGCGCAACCCAUACUUGUCCACAUGGAUGCCGGCCGACCGUGUCGAGCAGCUGCCCUACGCCGACGCGCAGUUUUGGGCCGGUCACGACCUCGGCUGGUCGGUAAUAGUGCGGGUGGAUGGCCAGGUUUAUAGUCUGAUGGGCGUCCCCGACUUGGAAGCCAGCACGAUUCGCCCGGCAGCAGUACGCCGUGCGGAGUUUACAUCGACUCACUCGCUCUUUGAUCUGACGGCGGGGCCAGUGGCAUUCACUUUGGACUUCUUUUCGCCCGUCUCACCGUCCAAUUACCUGCGGCAAUCGCUCCCUUUCAGCUAUCUGACGGUGCAGGUAAGGAAUGUCUGGGGGCAUGAUAUUCAGAUCUAUUCAGACAUCGAUGGGAGAUGGACGGGUCGGGAACACCGCUCGGUACAUGAGUUGGAAGACCAUGAUGGCCUCAUUUUCCACCGCCUCUCGGUUGAGGAUGCGCCGCAAUAUGCAGAAGAGAGCGACAUGGCUCUCUGGGGAGAGGCCAUUCUGGCUUCCCGACCAGCUGACUCGAGCGUCCUCUCGGCGCUUGCUGGAGAUCCUCGGGUGGUUCGCGCUGCCUUUGUAGCGCACGGUGAUCUAUCUGGAGAGGAGGUUGGGUGGUCCUCCCGGAGCGUUGCCGCUCUAGCUCAUGAUCUGGGGAGUGUCAUUGGCCAUGCCUCCGUCAACUUUGCUGUCGGCUAUGAGAGGAAGAAGGCCAUCAAUUACCUAGGGGAUGCAUACACGGGGUUCUACCGAGCGGAGUACCCCACUACUCAUGAAGCACUCUCCUUCUUUUUGGAUGACUAUGAAGAUGCUCGACUGGAGUCUUGGGAUUUGGAUGCCGAGCUGUCAGCUUUUGCUACCGCUGCUGCCGGUCCCAAGUAUGCGGAUAUUGUUGCGUUGUCAACUCGUCAAGCAUAUGGAGGCAUUGACUUGACGAUCCCCCACGACUCGCUCGCCACUGAUGGUGUGUUGGCUUUUAUCAAAGAGCUUUCUAGUGACGGUAAUGUCAACACCAUUGAUGUGAUCAUGCCGGCUUUCCCUAUUUACUGGGUCAUGGAUCCUGACUGGAUCCGCCUGUUACUGGAGCCUGUGAUGCUGUAUCUGGAUGCUGGUCGUUGGCAACUUCCAUAUACCAUUCACGAUCUUGGCUCCCAUUACCCUCAUGCUAUUGGUCACGAUGAUCAACAAGCGGAACCGAUGCCAAUCGAAGAAUGCGGGAACCUGCUCAUUCUGGCACUCGCUUAUGUUCGAGCCACUGGAGACGAGAGCUGGACUCAUCGGUACAUGGAUACCUUCCAGCAAUAUGCCGAUUAUUUGGUAGACAACAGCAUUGACAUUGCCAACCAGCUUUCAUCCAAUGAUGCUGCUGGGCCUCUCCCUAAUGAGACAAAUCUGGCCAUCAAAGCGGCCGUUGGCAUUAAGGCCUUUGGAGAGCUAAGCGGAAAGAAACAUUACUCGCUCAUUGGCGACAAGCAUGCAGAUCUCUUCUUCUCGCAAGGUCUGGGCACAGAUGAAGACCAGACCCAUUUUGUUCUGGAAUACCCUGACAUGCCAACCACAUGGAAAAUUCCGUAUAAUCUGUACCCAGAUGUCCUACUAGGCCUGGAGACCUUCCCGAACGAAGCAUAUACAAUGGGCAGUGAAUUCUUCUCGACGGUCCGCGGCGAGUAUGGUGUGGCACUAGAUCACCGGCAGGACUGGGCCAAGUCUGAUUGGAACAUGUGGUUGGCCGGCACGUUUGAGACGAGCACGCGGAAUGAGUUUGUCGACGACUUGUGGGCAUUUAUGACCAAUGGUAAGCACAACUGGCCGUUUUCUGAUCGCUAUGUUUCCACCUCUGCCCAGGGCAGUGAACCAGGCAUCCCAUUACUGUGUCGUGCCCGUCCUACUGUCGGUGGCCAUUUUGCCUUGUUAGCAUUGAAGGGUCCGCAAUCCAUUCAAUCACUAUCAACGCACAAGACCAAAGGUACUAGAGGGUCCAAGUAUAAUAGGUUCAUGGAUCCGGCCAGUGAACUAUAA